AUAAUUUUUUUGGUACGUGCAGGUGAAACUCUAAUAGGAACACACAUGAAGGGUUUCAGUAAUUUGAAAGGUUUCAUCUGCAGACACCUGACUCAAGUACAGUUUUCUUUGGACAACAUUACAAAAACUCGUCUUAAAGGUUCUGGUUGGGCAGCAUUUUUACAUCAAAAUGAAUGAAAGUGAUUUUGAAACAACAACUGAUUACCAGUCUGAUUACCAGUAUCCAGAUGAUUAUCCUGAUGAGAGCUGUCAAAAGGCGAACGUGCUUCAAUUUCGAGCGACUGUCACUCCAAUCGUUUUCACCAUAGUGGUUCUGUUCAGCUGUGUGGGGAACAUAUUGGUCUUGUGGGUCCUUGUGAAAUACGAAAAUCUGAAAUCCCUGACCAACACGUUCCUGCUAAAUCUGGCUCUCUCCGAUCUGAUUUUCACCUUUGGCCUGCCCUUUUGGGCCUACUAUUACAUGUACGGAUGGACUUUUGGAGAUGUGGCAUGUAAAGCAGUUAACUUUGUCUUCUACACCGGAUACUACAGCAGCCUCAUAUUCGUCACAGUUCUGACCGUUCACCGUUACGUGGCCGUUGUGCACCCUAUGUCAGUGCUCUCAUCCAGGAAAAGUCUGCACUGCUAUGUAGCAUCUGUUGUCAUCUGGGUUUGCAGUCUUGGUGUUGCAUUCCCCUACUCCCAUUUUCAAAGGGUGUCGGACUCCAGUGUUGCGAUAAAUUCCACAGAUAAUAUUGCAGAUGUUUUCCAGCAAUGUGAAUUUGACCAACAGAUUAACUGGAAGCUUACUGGUACAUACUUGCAAAAUGUCUUUUUCAUUAGUGCAUUCAUAGUCAUCAGUUUUUGUUAUGCCGAAAUCCUGUGGCGGCUGCAUCGACCAACGUCUCACACUCGCGCCAGGACUGUGUGGUUAAUCCUCUGCAUAGUGGUGUUUUUUUUCUUGGGUUGGGGACCGUACAAUGUGGCCAUAUUUCUGGACUCUUUGAUUUCAUGGGGUAUCGCUCCAUUCAAUGAAUGUGAAGUCAGCACCUCUAUUGACUAUAUGAUGCACAUCUCCCGGAUGGUGGCUUUCUCUCACUGCUGCCUGAAUCCCUUGUUUUACGUCUUCAUGGGAAUCAAAUUUCGAAACCACCUGAAGAAAAUGUUAUGGACUGUUUGUAAGAAGGGCAGAGAGCCUCAGAACCGACACAGCCGGCUCAUUUAUUCAAACGGUGAAGAAAUAUCCAUGUAUUAGCUACUUGUGCUUAUGAUUUAUAGUUGACAGAAUAAAGUGUGAACUGGCCCUUUAAAACAAAGGGCUCAAAUAGUGCAUGUAAAAUUGCAAAAUUAUAAGAAUUAUUGUAAAGCAUCUGUAAUUGAAUACAAAUGAUCAUGAAUUUUCCAAAUGUUUAUUUUAAUAAAAUUGUGUGGUAAAAUGUAAUUGUAAAAUUGUAAGUUGUAAAAGCUGCAAUGCAAAAAAUUUAUAAAAUGUAAAAAAAAAACAUUUUUAUAUACCUUUGCUAUAUACCUUUGUUAUAUACAUUUACUGUUUUACAAAACAAAUAUUUGUUUUGCUUUAUUUUCUCAUGUUAAAUGCAUUUAUAUGAAAAAAGUUUUUACCCAAAGUUUGGAACCAUACUGAUAUCUCAGAUGUAAAUAUUUGGAGGUUUAAAUACCCAUGCAAAGUCUCUGUUAAAGUUUUUAAAGCAUUUUUUUUCCAUAGUUAAGUAAAGUACACAUUUUUAGAAUGUCCAUAACGGAGAAAUGUCACAUUGUCAUAAAUGUACAAAUAAAACUUAAAAUUAAAUAAAUAUUAAAUGUUGUUUAAAGAACUGUCCCUUUCUUCAUUUGUUGGGUGUUAUUGCUGCAGGUUUGUGCAUUUUAAUUUACAGAAUUCCUACAAAGUAUGUUGUCUGCCAAA